GCAAGGAGAACCAGGGAUUGGAAUGAUACCUCCGAAGAGAAUUGCCACCAUCAUCAGCAUCUCAAAUGAAACAGAUGGGACACAGGGUAACUGUGGCAUCGAUUUAUGCAUUUGAUUAAAUCAUCACAUUUUUGCCGAUCAUGCCAAUUAUGCUGUGAAAUGGUUACUGUGUGCCAGGAUCCUUUUUGAUUGGGGAAAUGUAUAGCCUGACUGAUAUCCGAAAUAGAUUAUUACAGCAGUUAUGCUAUUGACAAUAUUCAACAAAGUGGAUACAAUUACCACACGAUUUGGCGCUGCUGAUGCUGCCUUUUGCAUCAGUUCGAUGUUGCAUGAGUUUGGGCACUGUGCCAGAUAGGGGAAAUACACUGGAUGUGUGCAUUAGAAGACUAUGGUGUUUUAGCGCGUGUUGAAUUCUGUUAGCAUAUACAUUUAAGGGAAUGUGCGAAAAAAUGUCUGAAGCUCAUCUACAGUGUGGUUGCGAAGUACUCCGGGGCUCAAGCUGGGCUCGACACUGAUAGACUAACCUACGUUUGUAGCUGAAGAGGAGACAAGCAAGCUGAUUAAUGCUUUACCACCCUGCCUAUCAAUCAAGCUGUAUCAAAAACAUAUAGCAAGCGUCUUCCUCGCCACCACGAUCUUUCCGGAUGUCUCUGCAAGACUAGGCAAGUCAGUCAAGUGAGGAAUCUGUUGCGCUCGCCGUCCGUGGAGAGCGCGGUUCGAGAGGUAGCCUACCCGAGCCCGUGGAGCUGCGCCCCUUGAUCAGCCUACGAGGACGACACUAUGUACCAGCUCCCCGCUGAUGAUGAUGGGAGGAAUCAAUGUUCUCGCUAGAAACCUCUUGAGACUAAGCGAACUCUGAGGAGCUCUGCCUGGGCUGCAACAGGACCAGACAGGAGAGAAGAGAUCGAGACAGAGCAGACGCUGACUGCGUGCGCCAGGUUGGGCCUGGGUUCUUGCCUGCGCCUGUGGCUCUGGACAGAUAAGACAAACCUUCCCUCUUUGGGCAUUUGUCUGGACAGGUACAUCUUAGCUCUAUCCCAUCUACACUCUACCAAAGCAACUUUAAGUUGUAGCAUCAAUUUAGCAGACCAUAGUAUUUUGGGGUCUGACCCUAAGCCACAUCCCAAAGAGCCUCUCCAGGGGCCAGUUUUGUUUACCAGACUAGGCAGUGGUCACCAUGCAGGUCUCUUUUGCCUGCACGGAGCACAACCUGAAGAGCCGCAGUGAGGACCGGCUUUGUGGUCUUCGCACUGCGCCACCCCCUGGGGGAAGCAGUGGAAGUGGUGGAGGGAGCAGCCAAGGGGGUAAUGGCAACUACAACACCCAGGGCUCAGCCAAGUCCAGGGAGCAGUCAGGGUCCCGCCCGGUCCCCCAGGGCCAUGCCCACAUGAAGGAGGCAAUAGGGCGCCACAGCAGUAUGAAAUACAGGAACCUGGGGAAGUCUGGUCUGCGUGUGUCCUGCUUAGGGCUGGGCACCUGGGUGACAUUUGGAUCACAGAUAUCUGACGAGAUGGCUGAGAACCUGAUGACCAUUGCCUAUGAGGCCGGGGUGAACCUCUUUGACACAGCAGAGGUGUAUGCCUCCGGCAGGGCUGAAAUCACCCUAGGGAACAUCGUCAAGAAGAAAAGAUGGAGGCGUUCUAGUUAUGUUGUGACAACCAAGAUCUAUUGGGGAGGGCAGGCAGAGACAGAAAGGGGACUCUCCAGAAAGCACAUCAUUGAAGGUUUGAGAGGAUCCCUGUCCAGACUCCAGUUAGAUUAUGUGGACAUUGUCUUUGCCAACCGGAAUGAUGUCAACAGCCCUAUGGAAGAGAUUGUCCGGGCCAUGACCUUUGUAAUAAAUCAGGGCAUGGCAAUGUACUGGGGCACCUCUCGCUGGAGUGCCAUGGAGAUCAUGGAGGCGUACUCAGUGGCGCGUCAGUUCAACCUGAUCCCACCUGUAUGUGAGCAGGCUGAGUAUCACUACUUCCAGAGGGACAAGGUGGAGGUGCAGCUCCCUGAACUCUACCACAAGAUAGGUGUAGGGGCAAUGACCUGGUCCCCCCUUGCAUGUGGACUGAUCACAGGGAAGUACAGUGAGGGUGUACCUGACAUCUCCAGGGCUAAUAUGAAAGGUUACCAGUGGCUGAAGGAGCGUGUCAACAGUGAGGAGGGACACAACCAGCUGGCCAAGAUUAAAGAGCUCCACCUAAUGGCCGACAGACUGGGCUGCACCGCCGCACAGCUAGCCAUCGCCUGGUGUCUACGCAGUGAGGGAGUGAGCUCAGUGCUGAUGGGUGUCUCCAACACUGACCAGCUGGUGGAAAACCUGGGUGCCCUUAGGCUUAUUUCACAGAUGACUCCUCAGACCGUGGCUGAGAUUGACUCACUCUUGGGAAACAAGCCCCACUCUAAGAAAGAGUCGCGAGCAUGAAGAGGCAACGAUGGAGCCAAAGACAAUCAGAGAAAAAUGAACAGCCGAGGAACAUCGCUCUUUCACCAUCCAGUAUAAUCAACAACUUGCAUGUCCUCAGUAAAAUUUUGCUUCAAGAAUUUGCGCAUAUCCAUUUUGCGCAUUGCAUUGUACCAUGUAUGAAAAAAAGGAAAUAUUUUAAUGUGCAAAAACAAAGAUUAUAAACUGGGUGGUUUGAACCCUGAAUGCGGGUUGUCUGAAAGCCGUGGUAUAUCAGAAUGUAUACAUCAGGUAUGACAAAACAUUUAUUUUUACUGCUCUAAUUAUGUUGGUAACCAGUUUAUAAUAGCAGUAAGGCACCUCGGGGGGUUGGGGUAUAUGGCAAAUAUACCACGGCUAAGAGCUGUGUCCAGGCAAUCCGUGUUGUGUUGUGCAUAAGAACAGCCCAUAGCAUUUGUAUAUUGGCCAUAUACCACACCCCCUCUGUGCCUUAUUGCUUAAUUAGAUCACAUAUAUUACAGAUCCCUCACUGACUGAUCAUGUCCACAAACAGAGGGUGAGGCCAAAGCAUGGAGCAUUAGGUUUCUGUCUUCCAGAGAGGCCAAUGAGGGCAAAGUUGGAGAUGGAGAGAGAUGGUGGUUGAAUGAAGGAGGCGCUGCACUCUACUUUAUUAAACAUGAUGGUGUUAUCAAUGAAAGGAGAACUCUUUGAUGCCAUGAAGCAACAUGAGGCUCAGCUCUCUCACUGAAUAUGUGUGACCAGCGCUACCAUAGGACACUCUUUCUCUGCAGCUGCCUCUGAGUCCGCAGAAUGCCUAGUACCCAGCAGAAAGCCAAAGGUUAGCAUCACCUCGUCAUCUCCGUAUGUGACUGGCCUGUCACUCUAUGUCCUUGAACAGCAGAUUCUUCCUUUUUAUCUUCUCUGUGUGUAAACUGUGCACAUGUCCCUUUAAGAGAGACCAGCCCAAGCAGGGUGUAAAUGUGGCAUGGCUUUAGUUAUUUGUGCAGAUUUUCAGUGCCCCUGUAAGCAGUCUUUUUGCACUAGCAGGUGGGAUGGGCUGAUCCAGGCUCUGCACUGGCAGGCACAUCGUGGAGCUUCGCUUUAUUCACUGUUUGCAGCCCGCUGACAUGGUCUGUGUCCAUGUGCUGUGUAUUGUCCUCCAUAUCAAACCAUUUCUGCGUCAAUGACAAUUAAAACCAAGGCUUUCCCUGCUUGUUUGGAAGAACCUCUUUGCUCCUUCAUUAAAGACUGGAGCGUGGACCCCAUAAUGAGAGGCACAGUAGAUCAUUCCUACUCAGCCUGAGACACACGGUAGAAGAACCCACUGUGGUAAACUAGCAGUCUUUUAAUGUGUUUAUGAUGCUUUGUUUUAGCAACAAAAACAUUUAAAUGAGGCCAGAUAACAUGCAAAUCAUAACCUUUACAUCAAGAAUUCCGCUGUCCUCAAAGUGCAAUGUUCACCCCAUAAUAUUGUCUGUGUUCAGUCUCACUGAGACUGAGUCAGACAGAGAGAUUAGUAGCAGAGUGAUGUUAAGUCCCACUGGGCAAAAACUGGUUGAAUCAACGUUGUAAUUUCCAAAAUAAUCAAUGUGAUGAUGUUGAAUCAAUGUGAAAUACUGAUUGGAUUUGUAAAAAGUCAUCAAUGUCGGGGAAUGUCGUCUUUUUUUCACCCAACCUUUAACCUCAAUCCAAUGACAGGGUGCCAUUGUUGUUGAUGAUUUAAACUUGAAUUCACACUAUUUGACAACUCAACCAAAUGCAACUCAAAACUAGACGUUGAACUGACGUCUGUGCCCAGUGGAGUGUUUGAAUUGAUGAGACUAUCAUUUUAGACAUAGGAAGUUAGGAACUCUUUUAGCAGUGGACAAAUGAUGGGUGAGCACACUGACAUACAACAAAACAGAAACACAUGUACACACUCGCUUACACUGUCAUCAGCCUGUGAAAAAAUAUUUCUAUAUGUUGCAAAAGAUGCAAAUAAAUGCACAGGACCUAAGGUCGAUCAGGAUUUAGACUGGUGGGAGGUGUUAUAUUUUGGGGGCAGGGACAUAAAUGAUGAUUCUGUGUCACGGCCGUUGAAAGAACUGGACCAAAGUGCAGUGUGGUGAGCGUACAUAUUAUUUUUAUUAGAAAAGACGCCGAACAAAACAAUAAACACUACACCACAAACCAUGCCACUAAAGGCUAUGUGCCAUAAACAAGGUCAACUUCC